AUGCAACAUUCUUCUGAACCUCCACUUGUUAUGUCCGAGUUUCUGAUGGAUGGCCCAGUGCAACAAAAACGUGUACUAAGUAACGUUGUGUCAUCGUCGUCAUCAUCCAAUGCAAACUAUGUGUUAAAAGUGAAAAAACGCAUUUGCCUAGAACAGUUCCAUAUAAUCGAUGUAGCUUCAGAGUUCAGUGACAAUAAUGGUAUGUUAUUUCUCUUUGACUUGGAAUGUUGGGAAGCUCCUAAACUGUCAUCUAUUAUGUCUAAUGUACAAACGAACACAACUAGUUCGUUUAAUGCCAAUACACUCUCGUCUUGUAAUUCUUCUGUUGUACAAGCAGAAACACAGUCUGUACUUUCUGGUUCAUCCAAUCAUCAUUAUCAACCCCAACUUGGCAGUGUACUUUCUGUUUCUACAAUUACAAGUACAAGCACAUUGAUUGAUCAUACCGUUGACUUAAAUAACAUUGGAAAUAAUAAUAGUAAUAAUGAAAAUGACAAAUCAUUAAUUCUACCAACCGCUGGUAAUGCAGUGGAAGCUUCAAACAAUGCUUUAUUAGAGGUGAUCUCAUCUUAUCCAAAACAGCGUUUCACAUUCAUUUUCUAUAAUAAAGAAGAUAAAGCCAAUUGGAUAUCAGCUUUAGUGUAUCUUCAUUUAGCUAGACUGUUUAAACGAUAUCUCACGUCCCUCCCUCGUCAAGAUCUUCCUUUGAUUCUACCAUCUCCUUCAGUUUACCGAUAUUCUGUUCCCGACUCUCCAUCUAAUAUUAUAUUUGAAUCUUCUCAAACAGAUGGUAGCGCAGGGAUUCCUGUUAUUCGUGCUGCUACAAUUUUGAAACUUAUUGAACGAAUGACAUAUCAUGAAUAUUUUGACAAUAAAACUUUGAAUGCAUUUCUUUUGACAUACCGACGUUAUAUUUCUUCGUUGGAGUUGUUGGAUUUAUUAAUUGAGCGAUUUAAUAUACCAAAUCCAGAUUUUACUGAGGCUGCUAAUGAAACAUUCAGUUCAAUAAAAGAACGUGAUGGUUUACUUACUGUUGCUUUACGUUUGGAACAACGUUUCCGUUCAGUGUAUAAACGGCGUGUACAAUACAGGGUCUUAAAUUUCAUUAUUAAAUGGGUGAAAAAUUCUUCUUACUAUAAACUUGACAUAUUACCAGACACUGUAUUACGCAGUAGGUUGUGGGAUUUCCUAGACACUGUACAUGCUCGUAAUUUAUCUGACAAUGUGACAAAUAUUCGUAAAUCUCUUCUUGGUGAUAGAAUAAGAUUAAUCCAGACAAUUGAACAACUGCCACCUGAACAACUUGAUUUCGGUUUGGUUACAUCAUCGGAUGACGUGAAAUUAACCACAGUUCAUCCGUUAGAAUUCGCACGUCAAGUAACACUUUAUGAAUGGGAGUUAUAUUCUCGCAUUGAAUUUUGGGAAGUCACUGGUAAGGAAAAAAUCAAAUCUCCCAAUUUCGAAUUAUCACUCCAGUUUUCCAAUAAGUUUAAAUGUUGGUUAGUUAGUUCGAUAAUAUCAGCUGAACAUUUAGAAGACAGAAUGGUUAUUAUGCAACGUGUUGCUGAUCUGUUAGUUUACUUCGAUAGUUUGAAUAAUUUACAAGGUGUUCAAGAAGCCAAAGCUGCUUUAUUGAGUUCUCCAGUAUUUCGACUAAGUGAAACCUAUGAUGCUUUAAUCUCCAAAUCAAAAUGUCAUUAUCGUAACUUUUUUGAAUCAUUGCGUCAGUUCGUUCAUGAUGAUAGCGCAAACGUUUAUUUUACCGAUUAUCAAGAGAAAUUGCAUCGAAUUCAUCCACCCGGUCUCCCGUUUAUUGCAGUCGGGGAUAAGACACAACUGAUACAUUUAGAAUUGAAGCAUCCUGAUUGGGUAAAUGCUUCUACAUUGCCAUUUUCAACUGUACCAGAUACACAGAAUUCGAACAGUGGUUGUUUGGUUAACUUUUGGAAGUGUCGUCAAUUAGCUGAACUUGUUGAAUAUUAUUUGUCUUUUCAACAAACUCCGUAUAAUUUCUCCAUAAAUAAGUCUAUCCGCGGUUUCCUAGAGACAUUAAACCCAUUGAAUACAUGGGGUGUUGAUAAAGAGAAUUUAUUUGACGAUAUUAUGUAUGAAAAAUCUUUGAAAAUUCAGCCUAAGCAAUCUGAUUCAUUUUGUACAGUAUCCCGUGAACGUAAUCUAAAGCCUGUAGAAAUAAAAAUCGCAGCUGCAUUAAAUCUUGUUCAACCAGAUCCCAAGUUAACUGCUGAAUCUCGGGAGUUUCGUAGUCUUCUUCAGAUGAUUUCUACUGUUACAAACCGUUCAUCAACCCUAACUUCAACAUCCGAGAAUCAAUUUGUGAAAGAGUUUUCUAUUAUACCUGAUAAAGCUGUUGAGCAGACAAAUGAUAAGUCAAAUACAGUUGCAUCCUUAACAUUAAAUGACCCUUUGUCAUCUCUUCGAAAUUCUAAUGAUAAUUCAUCUCUAAUGUCUGAUACUGACAAACGUUCAAGUCAUUUGAAGCCCUUUUUAAUGAACACCUGUACUACUACUUCAUCGUCAUCACCUGAAACAUUUCUUCACAAUGAUAGUUCUCAAUUUACAUCAGUCGAUAAUCUUCCCGUUAAUGCUCAUGUAAAAGGUGAUAAUGCACAAACUGUGUGCCUUUCUUCCCCACCGCCUCUACCUCCUCGAAUUAGUAGGUCAAUUCAGCGAAAUGCGCAUUCAGAACAGUUUAGCAAUCCAAUCGCAGCAUUUCAAGAAUCCUCUCAUAGUGUGUCUAACUCCACGUUUUCAAAUAUCAGAGAUAUGUCACCUGCAGAGUGCCUUCCAACCAACGUUACCAUGACUGCUACUCACGGUGACGUUUCGCAGCUGCCAUUAGAUAUCUCCUUGGGAUUAGAAAAUUCAUCUGCAAUCAAUACGUCAGCUACAUGUGACGAUGUUGGUCCUCCCCCAAGACCAUCUCAUCGUAGAUUAACCUCUUUAUCGUCUAUAACAGGUGAAAAAAGUCCCUUUUGGUCGAAUCUAGUCACCAAAACGUCAGAUAACAAUAAUAUCAGUACAAAUAACUCAACAGAUAAUGUAUCAAAUCCGCCUAUUCUGCCUCCUCGUAUUCAUCAUCAUGGUGGAGAAGUAAAUUCAUCACGAUUAUUUAAAAAUAAUAGUCCAAUAAUUCAAGACAAUAAUAAUACUUCAAAAGAAGAUAGUUUAUGUAUAAAUGCUGGAUUAACAAAUGUAUCUCAUAUUUUACCACAUAAUUUAACAAACAUAAAUCGUUCUUUAUCAUCUCCAUCACCACCUCCAUUACCUCCGAAAAAAUCAACCACUCCAAAUAUCUAA